GAUGAUAACUUCGUGAUAUCUAAUCGUUGUCUCUCCUCUUUCCGCGCUCCUUUUUGCUUUUCCCUUAUAGACCAUCGAUUCUUGGUUAUUGUCUUAAAUCGGAUAAUACUUUCCGGACGAGAUUCGUUGUCGUCAAGUUAUUAUAUAGCGUGGGCACUUAAACGUCAACAUGCAGACCAAAGAUUUAAUAAAAGCUAGUUGGGCUGAUGAAGUUGAAGACCAUGAAGAGAAAACCACAUUGCCAGCUUCAAAGACUGAACACAUCGGAAACAAUAGGAUUAUCACGGAAUAUAGGUGGAACAAGGAUAAUAAAAAAGAAAAAGUCGUACGUACCUAUAAAAUUGAAAAACGUUUAGUGUCCAAGACAAUAGCAGAACGGAAAACAUGGGCUAAAUUUGGAGAUUCUCGUAAUGACAAGCCUGGACCCAAUAUUGCUACUACUAUACCUGCUGAAGAAAUACAGAUGCAAUUUAUGACUAGUAAGGAUGGUGACAAAACAGAAGAAAAUCCUUUAGACAAAUUGAAGAAUAUAAAUAUGAAUAUCAAGUGUCGUACAUGUGGUGGUGAACAUUGGUCUUUCUCGUGUCAUCUUAAGGGUACUGGGUUAGUGAUCGAAGACAAGAAAUUGGUACAAGAGAAAAUUCCUGAACCAGAGAAGAAUACAAGUACUAAUAGACCAUACAUUCCACCUUCAGCACGAGAAGGAGCCACAAAUACAGUUGGUAGGCGAGAUCUUUAUUCACGUGGUUAUGAUGAAGUACCCGCUAUUCGUAUUGAAAAUCUUUCUGAGAGUACAUCUGAAGCCGAUUUGAGUGAAUUGGUUAACAAGUUUGGACAAAUUGCUCGAUUAUUCUUGGCUUCCAAUAAGGUGACUGGUGCUUGCAAAGGUUAUGCGUUCGUUAAUUUCAAAUCCAUAAUAGAUGCUGAGCGAGCCAUCAAAGGUCUACAUGGAUAUGGAUAUGAUCAUUUGAUAUUAAAUGUUAGUUGGUCAACUAAUAAUUAUAAAAGUGCUGUCUAAAAUUUGAAUA